GAAUCUGAACAGGAGUCAGCACAGACUGGUUUGGAGAUGAAUGAUGGGGAAAUGUAAUAAAUAUAAUAUAAAACUGUAAUCAGUCUCUGGUGAUUCAAAUGGAGCUGAGAGGAGACUUGACCCGGACUUCAGCGCUCUAUUACUGCUGCUGGAUCUGCAUCCACUCCGCGCUGGCGGAGGACUGGACGCGUGUUCACACGGAGGACGAGCUCUUCAGGAGAUUGUUUCAGGGCUACAGCAAGUGGACGCGUCCGGCCCGGAACAUCGCCGACGUGGUCAUCGUCAAGUUCGGCCUCUCCAUCGCACAGCUGAUAGACGUGGAUGAGAAAAACCAGAUGAUGACGACCAACGUGUGGCUGAAACAGGUAUGGAAGAGUGGUGGAAGAAGAAUGGACGGACUAUAA